AUGUCCGAUGGUGCUGAAGCGGGCGCCAGCUUUGAGCCUCCAAAAUUUGGCGAUACAGUAGGGGACAGCUACCCAUUUUACUCAGAACAAGCAGGUACAGGAAGUGGACCCAACUCUGGCACUUUCCCGUCACUUUCUUCUGGUUUACUGGAUGAAGAUCCUAGGUUAGUGAAUCCAGAUUCCAAGUAUGAGUGCCCAGUGUGCAUUCUUCAUAAUCGUGAGCACAAGCUGCUCAGGGAUCCGGUGCAGACAGCUUGUGGACACAGGAUGUGCCAGAGCUGCGUGGACCUCUACUUGGGGGGUGAAACAUCCAAGAAAUGUCCG